AUGCUAAAACUGUUAACUGGAUCUGCCGGUCGGCAAUUCAGAGUAUUAGGUGCAAGAAGACUAUUUCUUCGUCAACUAGCAACGAAACCGGAACUGGUGCUCAAAGAUAAAGCUCGGCCACUUCGUAUUGAGAGAGAACUUCCAGAUCCAACCAAAGACAAGGUGAAGAACAGAGUGCAACUGGGGCUUUUCACUGUGGCUAUAUGUGUUGCGCUGGCUUCUAUCUUCAACUAUGAAAAGACGCAGUCACCCAUUAUUUCAAAUUCCCUCUACCACCUCCGUAGAUCGCAGUCUAUUAGGGACUUGAUGGGUGACAACAUCGACUUCGACGGGUUGGUGCCAUGGGUAUAUGGGGACCUGAACCAAGUUGCUGGGAGAGUGAACAUAUCCUUCUACAUUAAAGGCACCAAAGAUGUCCAAGGCAUGGUCAAGCUAGUGGCAAACCGCGAGAACAAGAACCAGGAGUUCUUGAUCCACGAGUGGAGCAUUAAAGUUGGUGAUAAGAAAAUAGACCUACUAGCUGAAGAGGGUGGCGCCAAAACAUUGUAG